AUGUCCGACAGCCAACCAAGCAUCCUCAUUGCAGGCGGCGGCAUCGCCGGCCCCGCCCUCGCCUUCUGGCUGCGCCGCGGCGGCCACGCGCGCUGCACCAUCGUCGAGCGGUCGCCGGUGCCGCGCACGACGGGGCAGCAGAUCGACAUCCGCGGAGAAGCCCUGGAGAUCGUGCGGCGGAUGGGGCUGGAAGACGCGGUGCGCUGCGCGACGGUGCAGGAGCGCGGCAUGGCAUUUGUCGACUCCGCGGGCAAGCAUAUCGCCGAGUUUCCCGCUAACGAGGAGGGCGCAAGUGGUGGUAAGGGCUUCACGGCUGAUAUCGAGAUUUUGCGCGGCGAGCUGGCGCGCGUCUUCUUCGAGGCCACGAAAGACGAUGACGGCAUCGAGUACAUCUUGGGCAACUCGAUCGCCGGCAUCACACAGGUGGAGGGCAGCGGGGUGGCGGUGAGGUUUGCGAAAGAGCUGGAGCCCGGGGUGGAAGAGCGCAGGUUCGAUCUCGUGGUCGCGGCGGAUGGGAUGAAUUCGAAGACGCGGGGGCUCGUGUUCGACGAUGCGGACGCGUUGAAGGACCUCGGACAGCACAUGGCCUACUUCACCAUCCCGCCCGCGGAUACCGAUGCUCAGUGGGCGACGUGGUACAAUGCGCCAGGGGGGCGACUAAUCCUCCUCCGACCGGACCUGGAGCGCAAGCGGACGGGCGCAUACCUAGCUAUCUGCAACAGCGACGUUCCAAAGAACUACCUCCAGCUCAGCGUCCUGGAGCAGAUGAAGAUGUGGGAUGGACUCUUUAAAGACGCCGGCGGCGAUGCAGAGCGUGUUAUCAGUGGCAUGUACGGCUCUGACGACUUCUACAUGCAGCAGAUCGCCCAAGUCAAGCUGCCGUCAUGGACGAAAGGCCGCGUUGUGCUGCUAGGCGACUCCGCCUUCUGCCCCUCGCCCAUCUCCGGCAAGGGGUCUUCUUGUGCCAUAAUCGGUGCCUACGUGCUUGCGGGCGAGCUGAAGAAGCACGGCACUGAUCACGAGGCUGCUUUGGCUGGCUACGAAGAGAUAAUGCAGCCGGUCAUGCAGAAGGCGCAAAAGCUUCUCCCUGGUGCGCCCGCUAUGGCUAACCCGCAGACACCCUGGGGUAUUGCUAUUCUCAACGGCUUCCUGGGUGUCAUUUCCUGGUCAGGUCUCGCAAACUGGUUUCAAGGAUCUCUUUUUACUGACAAGAUCAUUGAUCUACCCCAGUACGACAUGUGA